AUGGCAGGUCGAGGUGGAGCUGCUCGACCGAACGGACCGGCCGCCGGAAACAAAAUCUGCCAGUUCAAACUUGUCCUCUUGGGAGAGUCGGCAGUGGGGAAGUCCAGCCUCGUUCUGCGCUUCGUGAAGGGGCAGUUCCACGAGUACCAGGAGAGCACGAUUGGAGUCUGUCUGGAUGACACAACGGUGAAGUUUGAAAUAUGGGACACAGCAGGACAGGAGCGGUAUCACAGCCUGGCACCGAUGUACUACCGGGGUGCCCAGGCUGCCAUCGUCGUCUACGACAUCACUAACACAGACACAUUUGUACGAGCCAAGAACUGGGUGAAAGAGUUGCAGAGGCAGGCUAGCCCCAAUAUUGUAAUUGCACUAGCAGGAAACAAGGCAGACCUUGCCAACAAGAGAGCUGUGGACUUCCAGGAUGCACAAACAUAUGCAGAUGACAACAGCUUGCUGUUCAUGGAGACGUCAGCGAAGACAGCGAUGAAUGUGAACGAAAUCUUCAUGGCAAUAGCCAAGAAACUGCCAAAAAAUGAACCCCAGAACGCUCCCGGUGGCCCAGGUAGGAAUCGUGUGGUGGACCUUCAGGAGAGCAGUCAGCCCAGCAGGAGCCAGUGCUGCAGCAAUUGAGCAGCCGGUCCCGCCUGACGGAGCCUCGGAUGACGUGACUGGAACCCACGCUAACUCGUAGAGCAGCUGCUGCCGGCGGCUGCUGUGAUUUCUCCAUCCCUUUCUGAUCAUAGGCUGGAGGGAGUUCUUCCACCUGCACCUUUCUGUACAAAUACUAAUUCAAUUCUAAGUCUUAAGUCACUUUUUUAAUAUAUGAACUUCUGCUCUUCCCUCUUCCUGGUGGUGGUGGCUGCACGACCUGGUGUCUGCCCAGCCAGCUCGCCCCUUCCCGCAGGGGCGAGCGGCGCCGGGUCCCACAGUACUGUGGUUCACUAUGGGAAACAAAGGGAUAUCGACCUAGAGAACCUCGGUUAAAGCACCCGUCUGUAAGGGCCAGGGCUAACACCGUACGAUCCGCCUAGAACAACCACUAAACUGUAGCAUUAGUGACAAACUCCGGCUGCUCAGCCACUUAUUGACCAAAUCAAUGAUGAGUAUUCUGGGGUGGGGCAGAGGGAAGCAAAACUGGUUUCUUCUGUAUUUUGUAUUGUAUGUUUCCUCAUGUAACCAAUCAGUAUCUUGUCAAUAUAGUCCGUACAACUAGCUGCCUGUUGUCUUUAUUUGUGUUGGACUCCAGCAUGCCAACUCUUUUUUUUUCUAUCUCCGGUUCUGUCAUAAUGCACUAAUCCUGUUGCAACUUUUGCAAAAAUCUUGUAUAGAAAAUUGUCCUUUUUUUGAUGGUUGUGAUGCCACUAAUGUUGUUAACCCUGCUCUCGUGCAAAUACACAUGGUUUACUGAUGUACAGAGGUGGGGUGGGGGAAACCUCGGAUGACCGGUCAGUGGAGAUGAUGUAUUGCAAAAGCCUGUAAUUCCACAAAGUAUGAAGGGAGGUAUUAAAAUGGCUUCUGUUGCCAGACUCUAACUGAUGUUGGCUGCUGCCUAGUGCCUAAUGCAAUGUCUUAUGCAUACUGGUAUUUAAGAGGAACUGUCAACCUAGUCUUCAUCACAAACUUCGGUUUUGUGUGAUUAAAAGAAAAAAAUUUUAUAAACCUA